AUGACCGACAGACCAACGGCAGGCUUGAGCGAUUGCGUCAAGAAGCACGCGCAAAAGGCCUAUGAGCGCGACGCCAAAGGCCAUCAAACUUUCGAUGCCUUCCUCGAGACCCUCGUCAAGCCGGAGUCCUCGGCGGCGCUGCCUAUCACGGAGGACCUGAGCCACCCGCUGUCGCAUUACUACAUCUCAAGCAGCCACAACACUUAUCUGUCGGGCAACCAGCUAUGGGGCAAAAUCACCACCGACUCCUACAAGGACGUCCUCAUGCGAGGCUGUCGAUGCAUCGAGGUCGACAUCUGGGACGGCGACUCGCCUUCUUCUUCAGAAGCAGAAGCUGAAUCGCCCAAGACUGACCAUGAUGUCAACAAGCUCUCCGGGAUGCUAAAGAAAGGCCUCAGCAAGCUCCGUUCUCAGUCGCCUUCAGCUCAUGAUGCACCCGACUCGCCCAAAGGUCACGCUGAACAGAUGCCUACACCAUGGCGAACCAAUUCUGGCCGAUAUGAGCCUGUGAUAUACCACGGCUAUACAGCUACCCGUGAAAUGCCUUUCCGGAAAAUGUGCGAGGCAGUCCGCGAGUAUGCAUUUCGGACUACCGAUCUUCCUCUGAUCGUGAGCCUUGAGGUGCACUGCUCUCCCGCUCAGCAAGACAUUAUGGUAGAGCUCAUGAACGACUAUUGGAAGCCUUAUCUGUAUCGCGCACCAGCCGCUUUCUCCGACUCUACUCCCCUACCACCACUCGCGACCCUGAAGAAGACCAUUCUAGUCAAGGUCAAGUACACACCUCCUGAGAAGGCCAAAGCUGCUCAAUCCAAAAACACACACAGCGAACAUCAGGACUCUAGUGGCACCGAAGACGAAGGAGCUAUGAAGAAGGGAAAGAUCUCCGAAGGUCUCAGCAAGAUGGGAAUUCUCACCCGGGCUUCCCACUUUCGCGACUUCGACCAGCCCGAAGCGAAGAUCCCGACCCAUGUUUUCUCUCUGGGCGAAUCGAAACUCCUCGACGCUUGCGAGCAGCAACCGGACAAGUUGUUCAAACAUAACUUGCAUCACUUCAUGAGAGCGUACCCGAAAGGUACAAGGGUGCGCUCUUCCAAUCUAGACCCGGCUCCUCUCUGGCGCUUCGGCCUCCAGAUGGUCGCAUUGAACUUCCAGAGGAUCAACGCAGCCAUGAUGCUCAAUGCCGCUCAAUUUGAAGGUACUGGGGGUUGGGUGUUGAAACCGAAAGGCUAUCUGCCCGUCGAAGGCAAGCAGCCAAAGCCAGAGAGGAUUACGUGCGACCUGUCGAUCAAAAUACUUGCAGCUCAAGGCCUUGGUCACCGAGACGACAUACCCGACGCCUACGUAAAGUGCGAAUUGCACGUCGAGAGCCAAACAGGACCGGGUCAAAUGCAGAUUCCGAACGGCGGCAAAAGCAAAGGAGGUCAACGAAAAUAUCGAACAGCCACUCGUCACAAUCGUGACCCAGACUUUUGUGGGGAGCUCGCACAUUUUCCCAAUAUCGCGAACGUCGUUCCAGAGCUGAGUUUCGUAAGGAUCAAAAUCAUGGAUGAUGCGUUGGCGCAGAAGGACAGACUACUGGGAUGGGUCUGCUAUCGACUUGACAGGCUACCACAGGGCUUACUUCUGGUACCACUGCGAGGAGAGGACUUCAAAUUGACAGGAGGAAAGCUACUGCUGGAGAGCCACACGAAGAUCCUGACCACGGCACAAGCCACCUGA